UUCACGGUUUGUGUACGUUGAAAUAUAUUUAACGCCGGCUAUUAAAUGAACAUAAGUUGAUAUUGAAAUUAUGCUCAGAAGAGAAAAUUUAUUGGCUAGCGACGAGACCGAGACCUCAGCUUGUAAUUAAAAGCGCCGGAGCUGUAAGCACAAAACUACAUAAAACAAAAAAGCAAAAGAGAAACAAAACAGUAAAAUUACAGAAAAGACUGAUUAAAAACCUUUGGCAGGCUUCAAGGAGGUGGAAAAUAUACAGAAACCAAAAGUGUUAACAUUUCCAUCACGUGCCCGAAGACAUUUGGAUUUUUUUCUUGCUUUUUGUAAACUUGUAAACAUUGUUACAUUUUUAAGUUCUGAUUUUGUAAUUUGUAAUUCUUCCUCUAUAAAUUUGGUUUACGAAGUGUAAAUAACUCUGAAACAAAAUGGACGAUUUAAUGAUCGAAGUAAGACUUGACAAUGGCGCCUAUUACAAGGGAGUUGUGACGUCUGUUGCGGAGGAUGGAGUUUUUAUUGAACACGAUGCCUCGCCUGAUGUACAAAAGUUUCCCUUUGCAAGCGUACGUUUUCCACCAAAAGAGCCUGAAGCACCGCCCGCCUAUGAAGAAGGCAUGGAGGUAGAGGUCUUUACACGAUCAACAGAUGUGGAAGCAUGCGGUUGGUGGAUUGGUGCGAUAAAAAUGAUUAAAGGUGAAAUUUGUGCUGUGGCAUAUAUAGGUUUCGAAACGCCAUAUACCGAAAUCUGCGAAAUGAAAAGAAUGCGUAUAAAAAAUCCUAAUCCGCCAAUAACCGCAAAAUCAUUUUAUCAAUUCUCGAUAUUAGUGCCCGAAGAAUUGCGAGAAGAAGCACAAAAAGAGGGUAUACAUAAAGCAUUUCAGCGUCUAAUCAAUGCAGGCGUUUGUGUAUAUAACACAGAAAUAAACAGCUUAGUUGUGAUUUCAAAAUGGGAAUUUGCUCAAAAGCGUGCCGAUAUGCUAAAAGAUAUGCAUUUCCGCAAUCUUUCACAAAAAGUUAUGCUUUUGAAACGUACAGAAGAAGCUGCCCGUCAGCUAGAAUCGACUAAACAACUAAAUCGUGGCUUUACAGACGAAUUUCAUGUACGCCAAGAUUUAAUGGGUUUAGCUAUCGGAUCACACGGUGCAAAUAUACAAGCUGCCCGAUUGUUAGAUGGUGUGACAAAUAUUGAACUGGAAGAGAAAUCUUGUAUGUUUAAAAUAACCGGCGAAACAGAACAGGCUGUGCAUGCAGCACGUGCUUUAUUAGAAUAUUCGGAGGAAUUUUUUCAAGUUCCUAGAGAUUUGGUUGGCAAAGUGAUUGGCAAAAAUGGUCGUAUAAUACAGGAGAUUGUUGAUAAAAGUGGUGUUUUUAGAAUCAAAGUAUGUAAAGAAUAUAUCGCUGGCGAUGACGUACAAGAUCUGAAUAUACCACGUGAAGCUGCGCAUGUACCAUUUGUGUUCAUUGGAACUGUAGAAAGUAUUGCAAAUUCUAAAGUGCUAUUAGAGUAUCAUCUAGCGCAUUUAAAAGAAGUUGAACAAUUACGUCAAAAUAAAUUAGAAAUAGAUCAACAACUGCGCGCAAUACAAGAAUCUGGCAUGGGUUCCACACAAAACUUUCCAGUACCCCGUCGUUCAGAAAGAGGUUAUAGUAGUGAUAUCGAAUCAGUACGUUCAAGUCGUGGCGGCGGUGGUGGAGGUGGUGGCGGCCGUGGUCGGGGUAGAGGCAGAGGUAACAGUAAUCAACGUUUCCAAGGUCGUCGAAAUGAUGAAGAAGAAUAUAAUAACAACCGUAACGACCAACCACGUGAUCAACGUUUCAAUGAACGACGCAACAGUUAUCGUCGUUUAGCGAGAAAUGACCAAAAUGGACGUAAUCACUAUAUGAAUCAUAAUGACGAUGUACAAGAAGUACGUGAAGUAAGCAGUGUUGAAAGAGCUGAAAGCUUAUCAUCUUAUGAAGGCAAUGUUCGUCGUCGUCGGCGUCUCAAUCGUAACAAUACGAAUGGAGGCGUUGCCAAUAACAAAUCCAAUUGGCAAAACAAACCACCUCAAAACACAGAUAACAAGAGCAGCGGUGGGGGUGACAGUGGCAGUGGGGGCGGUACUGGAAAUUCAGCGGAACGAAACAAAUCGAAAGAAGGGAAUAAUACAGGCAAUAAACUGAAUAACGAUAAACCACAACAGCAGCCGCCACAGCCACAACAACAACAACAACAACAGCAAUUAUCACCAAAUCAACAACAGCCGCGUCGUCGAAUACGCCGACAACAACAACAACAGCAGCAGCAGCAACAACAACAACAGGAUAACAAUAAAAAGGAAACACUUGUAAAUGACAAAAACAACCAGGAAAAAAGUUGAGGAUGAGCAGCCAAAACAAACAAGUUCAGUUAAAAAAAAAAAAUAAAAAAUUAUAAUAAUAAUAAAAAUAAAAAUGAAUUUGAUUAAUUGGCGAGAAUAUGUGUUUAAACCCACGUAAACCAAAAUUUAUAUAAAAAGAAUAAUUAUAUUAAAAUAAAUAAUAAC